AGAGAGUAUCGGAGGGACUACGAGGAGCAGAUGAAGGGGAAAGCUUUGGUGGACGUAGAUCAGACACCUGGAUACCUGACAGCUCGCCACGCCAGCAGCCUGCUGAGCGAGAAGGAGUACAGGAAGGACCUGGAGCAGGAAGUGAAGGGGCGGGGCUUAUCCGGCAUCGGGCUGGAGGAAACACCUGAGCUGCUGAGAGUCAAAAACGCCAAUCAGAUCCUGAACCAGAAGGAGUACCGCCGGGACUUAGAGAGGGAGAUUUUGGGUAAAGGCAUGGAGCUGAGCGCCGACGUCCUCGAGAUGCAGAGAGCCAAGAGAGCCUCGGAGAUCCAGAGCCAG